AUGUCCCUAUUUCUGUUUGAGAAGCUGAGUCUUGCCCGCGUGCUGGCCUGGUGUUUCGCGGCUUUUGUUCUGCACCGGAUCUAUCGCUGCGUCUACAACUUGUACUUUCAUCCCCUCAGCAAGUUUCCCGGCCCGCGUCUGGCGGCCGCCACCUCGCUCUACGAGUUUUGGUUCGACGUCAUCCGUGAUGGCCUGUACAUAUGGGAGGUUGAGAAGAUGCAUGACAAAUACGGUCCCAUAGUCAGGGUCAACCCGCGCGAGUUGCACAUCCGGGACUCGUCGUACUACAACAUGAUAUACACUCUGACCGAUCACGAGGUGCAAAAGGACAUCGGCCAAGUUGACGGUCUCGCGUUCCCCGGCUCGCUCGUCACCACCGUGGACCAUCACUUGCACCGCGUCCGCAGAGGAUACCUGAACCCGUACUUCUCCAAGCGCUCCCUGCACGCCCUGGAGACGACCGUGAGGGAGAGGAUCGGCAGGCUGUGCCAGAGGCUCGAGAGCCUGGCCGCCACCGACGAGGUUGUGAUCCUGGACCGAGCCUUUGGCGCCAUGACGGCCGACAUCAUCACCAAGUACCUGUACGGAGAGCACUACGACUAUUUGGGCUCCCCGGGCUUCUUUGUCGCCUUGACCGAGAUGUUUUACGAAAUCACCGGCGGGGCCAACCUGGCUCGCUUCCUGCCCAGCACCGCCAUCCUCCUCAGGAAGCUGCCGAUUUCCAUCCUGAGACGGUUCUCCCCCGGGGCCGCCACCCUGCUCACCCACCAGCAGGACAUCCACCGGCGCAUGGCCGCGCUCAUGGCCGACGAGAAUGCCCGGAAGGCCAACUCGGGCAUGCUGACGUCCCUCCUGGACGACGACAUACCUGCCGAGGAAAAGGGGGUGACGCGCAUCCUCAACGAGGGCAUCGUCAUCCUGAUUGCCGGCACCGAGACCACGGCCCGGAGCAUCAGCGUCGGGCUCUUCUAUCUCUUGCAGGACAAGGAGCACAUUCGCAAGCUGCGCGAGGAGAUUGGCGCUAUCCGGACCUCGGACGAGACGCCGCCCCUGUCCGAGCUUGAGCGGCUUCCCUAUCUGAGAGCCGUGGUGCGAGAGUCCCUGAGGUUGUCCUUUGGCGCCGUGCUUCGCCUCCCGAGAAUAGCCCCAAACAAGGUCUUGAAAUACGGAGACUAUGAUAUCCCACAGGGAACACCACUCAGCCAGUCGGCCUACUUUGUCAAUACGGACCCCGCCUUGUUUCCCGACCCCAUGGUGUUCGAUCCUUCCCGGUGGAUCAAAGCCCAGGAGAGCGGUGUCAACCUGGAAAGUUACCUCGCCAACUUUACCAAGGGCACCAGAGGCUGUCUCGGAAUCCAGCUGGCCUACGCGGAAAUGUAUCUCGCCCUAGCCAGCAUCAUCUGCAAGUUCGACAUGGAGCUGUACGAAACGUCCGUGGAGCACGUCCAGUGCCGCCGGGUCCGAUUGCUGGGAUACCCGGACCCGGAUCCUCGCUCGGUCAACAGUCGCGGGCAGGUCAUGGUCAAGAUUACCGGCACGGUGUAG